CGGAGCCAGCCGACGCAGAAGCAGAAGGGUGCCCACCGAACAGCAGAGCAGGAACCAGAAUGGAGCCCCCCUCGGCGGACAGCGACCCGCUGGUGGUCCCUGGAGCCACUCUGCGCCGUCUGAUGGGUCUGUGGCGGCCACAAGGCCGGGUCGCACGCCACCUCAACGGACUGCUCGCCGGCUUCGUUAUUGCCACCCUCGCUUUUCUGCCCGCCUGUGUGGCUCUCAAGCUGUACGUGGACCCUCCGGAAGAGCUUGAGCGGAUCACACUCUGCAGCCUGGCCACUUCUAUCUGCAUCGGAUUUCUCUUCAAGGCUGCGCUGUUCGUGGCACAAGGAGCAACUCUGCGGCAGACGGUGCGACAGAUGGAGGACAUCAGGAGGCGGUUCGGCAGCGGAGAAGAGAAUCAGCGGACGCGGCGCCGGUACCAGAAGCUGUCAAACAGCGUCUACCUGCACUACCAGGUUCGAUCAGGACACGCAGCUGCAGCCUCGGCGGUAGCUAACUGUCGUUUUUGA